AUGCCUAAAUUUUUGAUGCGAGACCAAAAUCAUUAUUUCGACUCGUGGAUUUACAAAUUCUCUUCAGACGGACCACAACCCGACGAAACACUAGUAAAGGAUCCUAUCAUCUACCAGGUUCCAUACCAUGCUGCUGAAGUCACCGACCCCCAUCUAGACGCCAUCAAGGCAAAGAAAUGGACCAAGAUAAUCGACGAUGACAAGCUUUUGAGAAAACUCAUUCAAAUUUAUCUCCUCAAGGAAUAUCCCUUCCUUCCCGCCUUCCAGAAGGACUACUUCCUUCAAGAUAUGCUUUCAGGCCGCAAGCAAUACUGCUCACCCCUCUUGGUCCAUGCAGUUCUUGCGUCUGCUUGUCACGGCUACUCUGAGGCGGCAAAUCGUGCCGAGUUCUGGAAUCCACAGAUGUUGGGGUAUCAAUUUCUCGGCGAGGCACGGCGGCUGUGGGAGCUUGAGGCUGCGAAGCCGAGGCUGACGACCAUCCAAGCUGCCAUCGUGUUGUCGGUGGUGUACGAUGCGAAUGGUGCUGAUGAGAUUGGGAGGCAGUACCUUGCACAGGCGGUUGCUGCGGCUCAUACAAUGCAUCUCUUUUCUCAGCCAACACAAGUUGAUGAUGAGGUUGAGUACAAUGCUAAAGCCAUCACAGCGUGGUCGUUGUUCGGACUACAAGCUGUUCACAGUUUUGCCGUCUUCAAGGCACCGUUAUUAUCCAUGCCCCCCAGCAUAGCGCUGCCGGAGAUCUCCGAAGAGUCCAACAACUACGGUGAUCUUUGGCUUCGCUAUCCAUCGAGCAAACGGCCCAUAGCGGUGAACUACAGUCAUACCUUUAUUGCCUUGGCCGAGUUUCGAGCCAUUAUCAACGACAUGGCUGCCAUGUUCUUCAUCAAGGUCGAGAGACCGGUCAACAUGACCAUCAAUAGCAUCCAAGGAUUUUGUGUUCGGCUCGACAGUUGGUAUCGCAAUCUUCCCCCAGAUCUUACGGCAGAAGAAAUAUGCUUUCCCUGGCAACUCAAGCUUCAUAUGCAUUAUUACAACUUGAUCAUAUUCCUCCUAGAAACACUUAACGUCACAACCCCACAAGCACUGUACGAUGCAAGCGUGCAGAGAGCACUGAACGAAGCUAAAGUUCGACUUGAGACCAUCCUCCGACUAUACUACCUCCGACAUGGCUACGAGUCAUACGACCUCUUUCUUCUUUCGUUGUUAUCUUUCCUAGGCUUUAUGCAGAUCAAAGCCAUGAACAGCAUUGACUCAGGAGAACUAGAGAGCAGACGAUCAACGGUGGCGCUGGCCGCCAAGGGACUUCAUGAUCAAAGUAGAAAUUGCUAUCUAGCCGAGAUUGUCUUUCGAAUCAUGAAGAGGAAUAUGGGUGCUGAUAGUUACUAUCUACUCAAAAAUAUUGAUAUUGGAGAUGAGGACGAAGAGGCGUCGAUACGAAUGUCGGAGCAAGUUCAUUCAUCAUGGCCGAUUGAUGUUCAUUCCAUUGAUGAGAACGCGGAUAAGCAGAGAAUUGAGAAUUUGAUCAGGAAGACAGAUAGACUUAGGGUAUAA